AUGGAUUGGGACGAUGAUGGGUGGCCGUGGAGUGCAGAAGAACUGGAUUCCUUUGAAAGAGAUGCCUUCCAGAAGAUCGCUCAACUGCAACGCCAAAAUCCCAAUUCUUCUUCUUCCUCCGCUGCCGUCAAGUGUUCUCACUAUAACAACAAUAAACCACAACCACCGCCACCACAACGACAACAAGAACUGCACCAGCGGUCUUUGCCUUCCAAACCCACUACUGAUUCUUCUUCUAAGAAGGUUGAAGCUUUGUCUUCUGGGUCCAGGGCAUUGCCCUCAUCAAUCACAAACAAAGUGAACACUGAUGAACCAUCAAUGGGACUACCCAAGCUAUCUGUCAAAUUUUUUCUUCAUGCCGGCGGACACAUUGCUUCAAAAUUCUCGUAUGACCAGGUACUAGUAGCUGCUUUCCGCAAAAUCCCCAAAGCUACUUGGAAUGCAAAAGAAAGAGUCAGACAGACGCAGUCAUCAAGGAAGUAG